GUCAGUGCGGCGCUGACAGCGGCGGGGUGACGCGGCCGACACAGGUCUGCUGUGUGCGCGGUGGACCGUCACCACAUCAGCCGAGCCGCCCGAAGCCAUGCAGCUGGAGAUCCAGGUAGCGCUCAACUUCGUCAUCUCCUUCAUGUACAACAAGCUGCCGCGGCGGCGCGUCAACAUCUUCGCCGAGGAGCUGGAGCGGGCGCUGCGCUUCAAGUUCCAGAGCCACUGGUAUCCGGACCGGCCGUUCAAGGGCUCCGCCUACCGCUGCCUGAAGACGGGCGACCCACUCGACCCCGUGCUGGACACGGCGGCGCGCGAGAGCGGCCUGGCCCUGGCCGAGAUCCGCCAGAACCUGCCGGAGGACCUCUGCGUCUGGAUCGACCCGGGCGAGGUCAGCUACCGCGCCGGUGAGAAGGGCGCCGUCAAACUGCUGUACUCGGAGCCGGCCGCCGAGCGCGUCAGCGAGGACCGCUGCGACCACGAGGUCACCUCCACCUUCAACCCGGAGGCGCAAAGCUUCCGGCCCAUCGAGGCGCUGGCGGCGUCGCUGGGCUCGCUGGCCGUCGCCUCGCCGCCGGCCGGCAGCCCGUUCGGGCCGGCGCAGGCCUCGCCGACCCCGACCUUCCGCGCUGCCAGCCCGGCGCCAGGGUUCGCAGCGCACCGGCCGCGUGCGCCCGUCACCUUCACCACGGCGGCGUUCGCGCAGACCAAGUUCGGCAGCACCAAGCUGAAGAGCAGCGGCAAGCGCGGCAGCCGGAUGAGCCCCACGGAGUUCAGCAACUACAUCAAGCAGCGCGCGCUGCUGCAGCAGCCGCCGGCGCUGUUCGCGCCGUUCGCGCAGCAAGCCCGGCCGCUGUCGCCAGCGCCGCCGCCGGCGCACGAGUUCGCGCCGUUCGCCGGCAAGAUGACCGCCAUGCCCCCGGGCAUGUACGACGCCGACGUGUUUGCGCCGCCGCCGCCGCCACGCAGCACCGGUGCGACGCAGAGUGGCGCCCUGUUCGCGGCGCUGACACCGGAGAACCAGCAGCUGCUGGAGAGCUUGACGUACGCCUCCAACCCGCACCUGCAGCACUUGCUGGUCGCCAACUAG